GGAAGCGUGUCUUCUUCUGCGUUUCUAUGCUCAGUGUUGUCAUACGUGGAGUUAAGCGCUUCAGAAAAUGGAUAAAGGUGACAAUAAAAUACGAUGAAAGAUGAUUUGGCAGGUGUGUGGAUUGCUGGAUUUGGUCUUCUGCUACACGGAAUCUGAGGACUCUUUCUUGUUGUAAACUAUGUCCGUGACAUGUAAUUUGCACUACAAAAUCGAUUGAAACUUGGGGCAGCGUCGUCAUAGUAGUAGUCUGAAAGGAGAUUUCAGCUGUCAUAGAGGUAGACAAGAGAACAAAAUGCUGGGAAAUAUGGCUCCUUUGCCAGUUUUACCCCUGGUGAUAAACUGUUGUAUGUCGAUGUUUGGCUGUUUGGCCACCAUCAAACUAAUUCCUGCUUUCAGAGAACAUUUCAUAUCAGCUAGGUUAUAUGGAAUGGACCUUAACAAAACAUCCAAAAAGGAAGUCCCAGAGUCCCAGGGGGUAAUCAGUGGGACUGUCUUCUUGAUAAUCCUGUUCUGCUUCAUCCCAGUGCCUUUUCUUAGCUGCUUUGUUGGAGAUCAGUGUAUGGGCUUCCCCCACAAUGAGUUUGUCCAACUGAUUGGUGCUCUUCUGGCCAUCUGCUGCAUGAUCUUCCUUGGUUUUGCUGAUGAUGUACUCAAUCUGCGAUGGAGACACAAACUCUUACUCCCAACAAUGGCAUCUUUGCCUCUACUCAUGGUUUAUUUUACCAACUUUGGCAACACAGUCAUUGUGGUACCUAAACCGUUUAGGGUUUUGCUUGGACUUCACUUAGACCUGGGAAUUCUCUACUACGUCUACAUGGGAAUGCUGGCAGUCUUCUGCACAAAUGCAAUCAACAUUUUAGCUGGAAUUAAUGGCAUUGAGUCAGGCCAAGCACUGUUCAUCUCGGGCUCCAUUAUUAUAUUUAACUUUUUGGAACUUGGUGGUGAUUACGGUGCAGAUCAUGUUUUUUCCUUGUACUUCAUGAUUCCAUUCUUUUUUACUACAUUAGGACUGUUUUAUCACAACUGGUAUCCUUCUUCAGUAUUUGUGGGAGACACUUUUUGUUAUUUUGCCGGAAUGACCUUUGCUGUUGUGGGAAUCCUGGGUCACUUUAGUAAAACAAUGCUGUUGUUUUUUAUUCCCCAAGUGGUAAACUUCAUAUACUCGCUUCCUCAACUUUUUCAUAUCAUCCCCUGUCCGAGACAUAGACUCCCCAGAUUAAAUCCAGACACAGGUAAACUUGGUAUGAGUUACUCUAAAUUUAAAACUAAAGAUCUCUCCCAAUUAGGUCAUCUAAUUUUAAAGAUUGCAGAGUUUCUGAGAGUGCUUGAUGUAAGAAGGGAGAGGAAAGACGGGGAUGAUUAUUUUGAAUGCAACAAUAUGACUUUAAUAAAUCUAGUGCUAAAACUACUUGGUCCAACACAUGAGAGAAGUCUCACAGUCAUCAUGCUCAUUAUUCAGGUCAUGGGAAGUGUUGUGGCAUUCGGGAUCCGUUAUCACCUGGUUCGUCUCUUUUACGAUGUUUAGGGGAAUAGAAAUGAAAGAAGACAACACAGACUGAAAAAUUUUUUUUUUUUUUGUUUGUUUUGUUUUUGUUUUGUUUGUUUUUUUAUGGGGGACUUUUAUUAUAAUACACAAAUCUACAAGCCAUUGUUACAUUUCUGCCUUGUCCUUGGUUGAAAGGUGUUGAGAUUGUGCCCUUUUAUUUUUGAGUGCACUGUAUUACAUUGCAUGCAAAAACUAAAUGGUUAUUAACCAAAAGGAUAUCUUUGCUUUACCUCUUAAUUGAGUUGUUAACGGUGUCUUCUUAUCAUAUUUAAGUCAUACUUUUCAACUUGGGUACAUGACAAAACAUCAUUGUGCAACUAAUCAAUAGUAAUCUGGUCAUAUCAAGCAAAAAUUGCAAUGCAAAACAAAACCAAAAUCUAAAACUUGAUUUUCGUUGGGAUAUGAAGGAGAUUAACAAGAUUACUCUACGGUUGCAUGACUCACAAAUUACCAAAAAAAGAAAGAAAAAAAACAAUAAAUGUGAAUGUAAAAAUAAUAGCAUAGCACUGAUUUGUUUACUAAUAUUUUGCAGUAAAAGGGUUUUGAGUUCUCAGUGUUUCAUGUUUGUAAUUAUUGUACAGUUUAUCAAAAUAAAAUGAUAGACAUUU